GCCUGGGAGGGCGGGCAGAGGGGAAUGCGGAAGAAGAGGGCCUCGGGCUGGGGUUCUCCGUCCUCCACGCAGACCCUCAUCUCGCUGUCCCAGCCUGAGGCCGGCGCAGCCCUGCUCCCUGCACUGGGGCCCCCAUCUGCCCACCCCAAGGUUUCCCUGGCGUUGAGGCCAGAGACCCCCUCAGGGCUCCACCCCCAGGAUUCUGCUUUGGUCCUCCUGACAGACAAGGAGGGGAGACAGCUGCCCCCGGACGAGGCCCUGGACGAGGCCGUGCCCGAGUACCGGGCCCCGGGGAGGAAGAGCCUGCAGGAGCUCCAGCAGCUGGACCCCGAGGACGAGAGCUUGGCCAAGUACAAGCAGACGCUGCUGGGGCCGCUGCCCCCCGUCGUGGACGAGAGCCUGCCCAACGUGCAGGUGACCCGGCUGACACUGAUGUCCGAGCAGGCUCCGGGGCCCAUCACCAUGGACCUCACAGGGGAGCUGGCUGCGCUCCAAGGCCAGGUGUUUGUCCUGAAAGAGGGAGUGGACUACAAAGUGAAGAUCACCUUCAAGGUCAACAGGGAGAUCGUCAGUGGCCUCAAGUGUGUGCACCACACCUACCGCCAGGGCCUGCGUGUGGACAAGGCCGUGUACAUGGUGGGCAGCUACGGCCCGCGCGCCCAGGAGUAUGAGUUUGUGACGCCGGUGGAGGAGGCACCCCGAGGAGCCCUGGUGCGGGGGGCCUACGUGGUCACGUCCUUCUUCACUGAUGACGACAGGACGGACCACCUGUCCUGGGAGUGGGGCCUCCACAUCUGCCAGGACUGGAAGAGCUGAAUGCCUCCACCCAGGGGGCCGUCCUCCCAUGGGGUCCUGGCUCCCCCUCACUCAGUGAUCCCCCCCCCCCGCCCCGUCCUGGGACGCC